AUGGAGGCGGUCUCGAAGGCGCUGGCGGUCCUCAGCUCGGAUGAGGUGCACAAUUUGUUCACCAGGACAUUUAACCCGUCGCUGGCCCAGCUGAGGAGCGGGGCGCACUCUGGGCGUCGCGAGCAGGCUUCCCUGCUGCUCUCGCGAGCGGCCUCCAAGCUCCACAGCCCGCGGCUGUCCACCCUGGCGUUGCGGGUGAAGCUUGACGCGUUCACGCGCGUGAAGAAGGCGAUCGACGACAUGGUGGCCGCCCUGCUCGAGGAGAAGGCGGCCGAGAUCAAGCACAAGGAUUUCUGCGUGAAGGAGCUGGACGAGAACCAGAUGGAGACGGAGAAGAAGGAGCCUACAAGAUGA